GAACAAGUAAAUGUCAUCGGAGGGCACAAGAUCAGCCGCCGCGCGGCCCCGUUGUUGAAGUUUCCUUAUUUCAGCCGCUCGGAAUAUGCAUUUAACCGGAAACAAUGGAAACGAAUUAUGCAAAUGCGAGUGAGGAGCGAGCCGGAGUCAUUAAAUGGGACAUGAUAAAUAAGUUAAUUCGGGGUCGCGGUUCGGGGCGAAUUAAUCAUUUCAGGCGCUACAUAAGCGAGCGCACGGCGAGAGAGACCGCGAGUACAUUUUCGUGCGCGCGGGGAUACCGACUACUCGCCGUCCCGAAUCUCUCUCUCUCUCUCUCUCUCUCUCUCUCUCUCUCUCUCUCUCUCCCUCGUCGGGAGAGACGUAGUAGUCGCGCGGCACGUCGUUCUGAUUAUUAAAUAAGUCAAACUCGAUCGGCCGGCCGGCCGGCGCGUCUCGAUAAAGAGGAGAGAAAAAGCACAAAGCGAGAACUGAGAGACAAAUAACGCGCACUCUCUCACCGGCGCGAACGGUUACGGGCGAAUAAUUCACGCUUGAUAAAUCUCGCCGCGAAAGAAUCACGUUUCACGUCGGGAUGGGGGACGCAAAAAAGCCGCGCGAUCAGCCCGACGAUAAAACGGAGAAGGAGGAGGUGGGGGAGGAGGUCUUGGACGAGAAACUGGACACCGAUAUGAAUUACCGGCACAAGUACCUCUGGCGACGUGUUCUCAUUCACGUGCUCCUGCACAUAUCGUGGUUCAUCGGGAUAUACACGGCGAUCUUUCACGCGAAAGUGGCAACCAACCUUUGGAUGCUCUUCCUCGGCUUCUGGAUCGCCGAGGGUGUCUCGCUGGGCGCGCAUCGUGGCUUCUGUCAUAAGAGUUUCAAGAUGUCCGCACCGCUCAAAAUCUUCUUGCUCAUACUGCAGACGAUGUCGGGCCAGAACAGCAUAUUCUCGUGGGUUAGGGAUCACAAGCUUCAUCACAAGUACAGCGACACGGACGCGGACCCGCACAACGCCACCAGAGGAUUCUUCUUCUCGCACAUCGGCUGGCUUCUCGUCCUGAGGCAUCCGCUCGUACUCGAGAAGCAGCGGCAGGUCGACAUGUCCGACGUGACCUCCGACAAGCUGUUCAUGUUCCAAUACAGAUAUUUCCUGCAGAUCUACUUCGUCCUGGGGGUCCUGUUCCCGGUGUCGGUACCGAUGUACUUCUGGAACGAGACCCUGUGGUCGUCGUUCUUCGUGGCGUACUUCGUACCGUACGUCACCAACCUCCACAUAAUUUGGACCAUAAACUCGUUCGCUCAUUUGUGGGGCUCCAAAACUUACGACAAGAGGAUCAAACCGAAGCAGUCGCUGUUUGCCUGGAUCGUGACCGCCGGCGAAGGUGGGCACAAUUAUCAUCACACGUUCCCCUGGGACUGCCGACUAUCAGAAUACGGACGGAUGGGCGGACUCAGCUCAACGUUGCUCGAAUUCUUCAAUUACGUGGGACUGGCUUACGACCUGAAGACCGCCUCGCCCAGCGUCAUCUACGGACACAUGAAGAGGCACGGGGACGCGACGGGACAGAAAAGGUGCAUCGAGGCAGAGAGACGCAGAGAGAGGGAGGAUCUGAUGGAGAAGUGGCUGACGACGUUGGAUUGUUAGAGCCGCGAUGAUGCCCGUAGACCCGUGUCUCCCGUCAUGAAAACGGGAGAAUUUCAACCGUACGUAAAUCGCUAUAUCGACGGGAGAGCGAGCGAAACACAAUAAUUGAACGGCGCGGUACAACGCGGCUGUAGCGCGGAUCAAUGUAAACCUACAUAAAGCACUGCUGUGUACUUGCGACAGGAUCAAUCACGUAAUAUUUAAUCGAUACGCAAGCUCGACACUGGCCAAUUAACGCGUUUUCCCCGGAAAUUCGCGCGAUGCUCACGAGCAUGUUUGCUCGACAAAUUUGACAAAUUCUUUCCUCGCGAGAAAGACGUUCCUUCGUCACGUUUAACGAUUGUGCAUAAUAAAAAAAUACGACGGAGAUGAGGUUAAUAUUAUCACGCGCGCGCGCGAGAGAGAGAGAGAGAGAGAGAGAGAGACAGAAAGAGUUCGUUGACUCGCAUUAAUUACUUAACGCGUUUCGUUUACGAGUUCGAGUCCGCUAGGAAGGUCGAGAACGCCACGGCCAACUUUUGCUUUCUAAAGAACGGAAUAAAAAGGAGUGUCUCUCUCUCUCUCUCUCUCUCUCUCUCUCUCUCACUCUCUCUCACUCUUCCUCUCGGAGAGCUUGGCGCGUCGCGAUUACACAAGCCGGAAGACCACGGCUCUCCGAACGUGGUUUCUGCUCUUUCGACCUGACUUCUCCAACGCACACGCCGAAAUCUCGUUAGCGCCGCUCUGCAAAAGCUGACGGCGGGCCAAGGCCGCUUCGCCUGCGGCGACGGCGACGGCGUUUUCCGCAGGUAACGAUUUAUGGCGGCGUGAGACGAUCGUUUCUUCUUCUCUCUCCCUCUCUCUCCCCCUCCCCCCCCUCUCUCUCUCCCCGCCCUCUCGAACAAGUCGAGAAUGAUGUGUCUGCAUGUUCCCGCACGCCGUACGUUAAUAACGAUCCUAAUCCGAAGAAGUUUUCGAUCGGUGUGAAUGCGAUCUCGAUGUCAAGCAAAAAAUUUCGCUCGAUGCCCGAGCGCGAUAAAAGAUGAUCACGAAAAUAGAUAAAACUGACGAGUAACAAAACUCGAGGGAUGAUGAGUCGAGUUUCCAGUUGCCUAAUUAACAUUAAGGAGGUUGGAGGAAAACUCCCAUUUCGGAAUUCUGCCUUCUUCCGCAUUAACGACAACGAGGAUGGCGUGAGGAUAAAAUAACUUUGAAGGACAGUAUGGAUUCUUACGUGGCGCAUCCGUGUAAAAUCGUCCCCCGCUCUCGUUCGCGCGUCGAGUAAAAUUUCGACAGCUGCGGCCGCCGUCUGAAUGGGGCGACGCCGCGACGGAGACGAGCCGCGUUCGGUAAGAGGCGCGCGCGCGAGAGACGCGAAAGAAGGGUGAAGGAAUAAUGCGCAGCUGGCGGUCGAAAGAGAGGAAAACUCGCGUCGCAACGCGCGAUCGCGUGCCCGAGUUCGCGACCCCACCUGCUGAACUCGUUUCCACGAAGCAGGGUCACACGGCUGUUCUCCCCCUCCCCAUCAUCACUCGGGCUGGGUUACUUACGGCGAGAGAGCGAGAUGUAUUUUUCGCGACGAAAUUCUCCCAGUUAACGCGUGCGCGCGCGUGAGAGAGAUAACGAUCGCGCUCGACGACUUCGCCGUACUCGCGUCCGGACAAUUAGAUCCUCGAUGCAUGCGUUCGCGGUACUCAUCAAGACGCGCGAGCGACAGAUUGAUAGAGACACACACAUUUGCUUUCACGAGUUCCUCGAAGCAAGAUGUAUUCCUCUCCCCCUGCCCCCGUCUCGUCCGCCCCGCGUGAGAGAGGCGCCGCGAUGCACGUAGAAGCGCGUACGCGACGUACGCGUGUGGAGAAAGAAAAGGAAAAAGGAGAUUUCCUGCCGCGUGGCGUCGAGAGACAAGUCGCCGUUCUCGUCGACGCGAUGCGCCUCCGUGGCAUCGUUGCUGCACGCAAUGUAGUAAGGUACACGUAGACCGUGGCGUUCUACGACUGGUUACUACUACUACGAUUACUACUACUACUACUACA